AUGGAGGGAUCGAAUAGAAAUGGAUCGAAGAAGGGAAGUAGAAAAAGUCAGAGAAAAGAGCCAUCGGAGAAGAAAAAGAGCUCAAAGAGCAACAAGGAAAAUCAGAAAUCGAGAAAAUCCGAGAAGAAGAAGACUUCGUCGAUGAAAGCCGUGAAAUCUGACGAAGCGAAGACACCACCAUAUGCUGAAUCUCCUGCUCCAAACCCUGCUCCAGAAGUCCGUUCCGUCUACAUGGACACUGGAAAAUCUUCAUAUUCCACUUCAAAACCACCACCUGCUUUCCAAAAAACAGAUUCCGUCUACUUCGCCCCGCCCCCAAAUGACUCCAAACCGAAACAGAAUCCACGUAGUGAUCAGGCUGAUUCAGUGACUCCAAUGGAGAAGAAAAAAUCGAAAAAAUCGAUUAAAAGUGUGAAAUCUCCGGCGAAAAAAGUGCCGAAACUGAAUGUGAAUUCUACGAGAACACCUGUGAAAAACUCGGAAAGGAAUAAGAAAUCGACGAGAAAUAAGAAGGAUGCACCACAGAAAUCGAAAAGGAAAUAA